AUGAAUAAAUCCUCUCGACUAUUCACAGCUAGUGAGAUAUAUCUAUUAAUUUAUUCAUAUCUAUCUAUCUAUCUAUCUAUCUAUCUAUCUAUCUAUCUAUCUAUCUAUCUAUCUAAGUUUAUUCAUAUCUAUCUAUCUAUCUAUCUAUCUAUCUAUCUAUCUAAUCUAUUUAUUUAUUUAUAUCUAUCUAUCUAUCUAUCUAUCUAUCUAUCUAUCUAUCUAUCUAUCUAUCUAUCAACAGAAGACGCAUACAUAAAAAGACACCAAUGUAGUGUUUUUAAUCUCUAUAUUUUUCUUUUUUUUUCAUUCGUUCUUUCUUUUUUCCAUCUAUCUAUCUAUCUAUCUAUCUAUCUAUCUAUCUAUCUAUCUCACCCUAUUAAUAUCUACCUUGCUCUGUUAAUAUCUAAGGGAAUUAAUCUAUCUAUCUAUCUAUCUAUCUAUCUAUCUAUCUAUCUAUCUAUCUAUCUAUCUAUAUAUGUAUGUAUGUCUGUAUCUAUCUAUCUAUCUAUCUAUCUAUCUAUCUAUCUAUCUAUAUCUAUCUAUCUAUCUGUAAGGGCUGCUGAAAAAGUUCUCAAACAAGAAGGGUUCUCCCGCCAAAUUCAGCUGUUGAGGGUUACUUUCCCAGGUUUGAAGAUGUGA